AUGACAGGUAUGUUAUAGUGGACUGUGGAUGCAAUAUUCUGUAUGGACAGGUGUCAACUAUUGGUUAUACGGUAUCAAUACGGAACAGCUAUUACGUCGUUUGUUAUAGUUAUCGCGGUAGGAAAUUUAUUUAUAUAAUUUGUCAGGGAAAAAUACAGGGAAAUGUUGGUUGUAGGCCUAGUAUACAGCCGUGAGUAACGGCAAUCGCUCGCCCUUUUAAUUAGUGGUUUAUUUACCAGGCUUUGUGCCGAAAUAUGCCAUAGGCAUGCAAUUAAUUCUUUAUUACUUGGCAAGUCCUUUCUAAUCUAGACUCGUAGAUGAAAUAAACAGAUUGUUUCAUUGUAUACGUCAGUAAAAAUUGGAGUGUGACCCAAGAAAGAUUCUUCAUAAGUCACGGUUCUAUUAUGGCAAUUUUGUUAAGGGAAACAACUUGCGACGCCCCUAUAGCUUGCAAUAAUAUUUAUUUAUGGUGACUGAAUGUUCUCAAUCAUAACAUCUUCAUUAUAUAGCUACUGAUGAAGAACAAGGAAACAACUUUAAAAGACAAUCAAGUAAAUGAGCACUGCAUUGAUUUUGGAUAAGAAAUAGAACUUAAACAUCGGGUUAAAGACAUUAAAAUUAUCUUCCUUUUUAUAUCAUAUAUGUAAACCAACUAGUUCUUGGCCAAACUUUUAUUUUUUAUGUAAACCCAAGAAACUACGUUGUUUUUUUCAUGUAAGCCCAAGAAACCACAUGCAUAUGAUGGAAAAGCUUAUACUCUAAAAUUUUUUUCAAGGAGUCAAUCCAGGAAUAUGUCCAAGAUAUUCAAGCACAGGACGUUUUGGACGUUGUGCAGAUGAAUGCCAAACUGACGCAGAUUGUGGAAAGACCAAGAAGUGUUGCAGGUCAACAUGCAUAGGACUGAAAUGCGUGUCACCAUGUAAGAUGUUUUCAGUAAAAUAAACAAGCAGUAGAAUACAAUUAUAUAAUAAUCAAUAUAAGAAUGUAUCACCCCAAAAUUUCAGAAAAUAUAAAUCUAGCUAAAGAUCAACAUCUUCAGAAAUGUAUGUGGAUCGAAAACAUGCAGGAACGAAAUUAAAUUACGUUUUUAUAUUUUGAAUCGACAUAUACUGUAAAAUAAGAUCAGAUCUUGCAAGAUCUCGAAUACUAGAGUAUCAUGCGAGAAAAAAACUAAUAUUAGGUGUGUAAGAUUGCCGUCUGAUAGAUAAAAACCUACUGAGUACUGUGUCCGGAUUUUAGGUAAAACCUUCUCUAAAUAUCGGCACAUAAUGCUAACCUAAGAGCAAAAAUAAAAUUUCACAUACCUGUGCUAAAAGCGGCUUUCUGAUUGGUUCCGUGAGCAGGUGAGUUAUUUCGAACUCUUCUGCCCUUCGCCACACUUAUGCACCCGCGAUAAAACUUCUUACGUUGCCGUCCGCGUCAAUAACAAAGGCGGGCAAGAUUUAGCCGAUAAACAUAAAAUUUAAAGAACUUUUUUCGGUAACUCACCUGCUGAAACUGAAGAAAACCAAAGAAAAAAUGCGAUGUUUAAUGUUUAAUUAUAUAUAUUUUUGUACAUUCUCCCAGAAAGUACUCAAAACUAGUUAUUUCAUUAACUACAUUAACCCCAGUUAUAUCACAUUAAUAUUUUCAACAGCGUGUAAAUGUCUUAAUGGAGGAAUUUGUGACGCAAACUUUCGCUGUGUUUGCUCUAUUGGAUUUUCUGGCAACAGUUGUGAGUUUGGUAAGUACUAUAUAGUUGUCCUGUCAGGUCUUUCACAUAAUUAGCGCAAAAAUAUUUGCCAAAACUUUUGCAUUAAAUUGGUCAUUUUAAUUAUAAUAAUUAUCAUGAAAUAAGGCGUGUUACUGACCUUGCUGGCACAAUCCACAAUUCCUGCAAUAGACCUUUGCAUUUAUUACCCGUUCUAUUGAAUAUAGUGGCUCAAUUCAAGUUAUAUAUAUUAAGCUUGUAUUAAGAAUUAAGGUCAAUCCGUAUUACACGUCAGGAGAUUAAUGCACUCAGGAUAACUAUUUUAAGUAUGAUUGAAUCUAUUUCAUCUGCUAAUCCUAUAAAAAGAUUACCCUUGGAAUGUCCAAAAUCCAUUUACAGCCGACAAUUUGAUAAAAGAAUAUAUAAAAAAAUAAGGGGCUUUUUAGAUAAUCUUGCAUGGUUUGCAGGAACGGGUGGAAGGUGAGAUGAUUGAAAUAAAUCGAAAGUUAAAACGCCGAUUAAAAUAACUCAAAUGUUUUGGAGAAGACCUCGCAGUUGAAGAAGAUUAUUCUUGCUGCUUGAACAACCUGUCGCGUUUAUACAAUUAUACUACUAUUUUAUCUAUAGAUAAAUAAUGUAGUUUUGCUGAAUCGUGCAACGUAACAUUUUUCAAUCAUCCCGCCUCACAUAUCUUCUCGGUUAAGCGAGAUCAUGUAAACUGCCACAAAAACACGGCAUUUUGCAAAUCCAAGAUAUGAAUUAAGAUCAUGACAAAAAAUUUAUCGUUUUAUUUACCAUUGAUUUUAAUCCAUAUCUUGGUCUUGGAUUUGCAAGAUUCAUUUCAUUGGAAUUUGUUUUAUUUUAUAGUCUAAUUAGAGUGUGGUUAUGAGGAGUAGAUACUCGCAACUACAUGAAUAAGGAACUGCUGUAGAAUUAAUAUGUUGCAAUGACUUCUUUCUUUUUAUUAAUAUGUUGCAAUGACUUCUUUCUAAAAUGAAGUGCAGUCGUUUUCCGUUGUACAAUAAAAUUAUUAUUUUAUUGUACAACGGAAAACGACUGCAUUUCAUUUUAGAAACUUUGUUUUUCGAUCAAAUUUGAAUCUUAGUUCUAAAAUAAAUAAAAUAAAAUAAAAUAACGUAAAUUGUAUUUUGCGUUUAGGCAUCAGAAUAGCACGAGACAGUUGUGUAAAGCAGAACAUCGCGAUCAAGUAUGGGACCGUAUCAUCCGAUACCCUCACACUUAAUGUUUCCGAGGCUAGAGCUAACAUGCAGCAACUUGCUGAUAUCGGGAAAAAAGAAUUAAAUAGUAAAUGUAGAUCAAAAGCGACACUUAGACUUGGGACUGUACAGGUAUCUGAGUCAUCAGGCUACACGAUCGAAGCAUCGUUGGAAUAUUUAGUAUAUGCAGGGUACAUACGUUGGGAUUUCGCCACGUUUGUUGCGAAUGCUAAUCUAUUUCAAGAUAUAGUUAAUGACCCUAAGAAAGCUCCCGCUAUUCAAGGGCAGUAUUCGUCGUAUGGAGCAACAAACGUUACUAAAGGUUCUAGUGGUUUAAGUGUCGCAUCAACUUGCUGUAAUUCUGGCUCGGUUGUUAACAGAGGAUCUUGCCGUACGUUUUACUUUAUUUAUCAAGCCAACAACAGCAACAACAACAACAACAACAACAACAACAACAACAACAACAACAACAACAGCAGCAACAGCAACAACGCCGACAACGACAACGACAACGACAACGACAACGACAACGACGACAACAACGACGACGACGACGACAACGACGACGACGACGACGACGACGACGACGACCUAAAGCCAAUGAAUAGCUAUAAAUGUGAAUAAAAUAAUUAAAAAUAGUAAUUAUAAUAUUUUUAAAUGAUACAGCGGUCAUCCAAGUUUAGUACGAGUUUGCAUAAUUCGAAAUAUAUUUUUCCUUAACAGAACAAUGCAACGCUCAGUUUUAUCACGAUAAAAAUCAAGACAAGUGUAUUGAAUGCCCAGGCAAUACAUACCAACCUAACAGAGGAAGUACAAGUUGUUUAACGUGUCCGUCUGGCCAGAUGCCAAACAGUGCUAAGACACAAUGUGAAGGUAAAAUCAAGUCAAGUUUGGUUAUUGCCCAUCAUACUCUUGGGUUAUAAUCUAUGUUUGGAAUAUUACAUGACAGUUAAUUCCUCAUGUUGAUAAUUCGAUAAUAUAGUCGAAAAUUUUCGUUGCAGUGGCCUGUGUCCCAUCGUGUCAAAAUAAUGGAAUUUGUAGAAACGGUCUCUGCUACUGUCCUCAAGGCCAUGAAGGGGUGUCUUGUGAAAUACGUAAGUAUUCUCAAGCGUGGCCGUUCGCCGUUUUAAAUUAUUUCUUUAUACAUCAUUUAGUUGCCUUGAAUAUGCCUAGUUAGGUUUGGGCUACUUUUUUCUCAACAAUGUUCAUUUUAAUUAUUGCAUGUGUAAUUCCAACCUUUUCGUCCCGUCCGAAACAAUGCAGUCUGUAUAGUUCAGUAAGGUUGAAAAAACGCGCAUCCAACUAAAAUUAAGCAGCCGCUGUAGACAUUAAUUCAUUCUAUGGUCUUCUAUACAUCUGACUAGUGACAUCAUUGCAUGUGACAUAAUCGUUACAUCAAUUUACAAUACUUAAUUAUAACUUCGUGUAAUACUAGUAUUAUCCGUAUCUUUUUCCCAAAGAAGAAGCAACUGGGAUGAUACAACAGUUUGGAAACAUUUUUUACCUGUGAUUAAAAGUAAAUAAAACACUGUGAAAGAGUCGUAACCUAGUCUCAUUUCAAACAAACAUCGUAUUUACAAAAGAAUAACGAAAUACUAAUUAGUUACAAGCAAUACGCUUGCAUGUUAUUUUUGUUUGCCUCCAGUAUGAAUUGUCAGCAUUACGUAAUACCAACAACGUCCUUUACUUGUGCCAAUUAGCCAUUGUUGCAGCAAAACAUGCUGAUAUAUGGAGUACGAUUUUCCUAAUAAGAUGGCAAUUCUACCAAUAUGCGUCCUGAAACCCUCUUAUGCAUGAAUUAAGAUGUCAGGUAAUGAAUUCGACUGUAAAAGGGUUAUUUUGAACCUUUUGUAGCGGUUUGUAUGCAGGGUUGUCAGCAUGGGACAUGUACCUGCCCUGGACACUGUGCGUGUAAUUCUGGAUGGACAGGAAUCAAGUGUCAUAAAUGUAAGUUAGGCGACUUGACGAAAAUCUAGUUCAGCAAUUGAUGCACGUUUUCAGUUUAAUAAUAUUAUGUAUUCAUUGAAGCACGUUUGUCUAAAGUAUACUUAAACGCACACCUUUAUUUUUCUAAUUCCUUUUUAAAUUCAACUUGCAUUGAGUAUUGUGAUUCCUGCACGUUUUCAUGUACUGACAUGAGUAACAGUGUACUAUUCGUCAGUGCUGCACUUGUAUAACUAUAGCUGUGAAACACAAAAGGAUCGAAAUCAUGCUGAUUUACAUGUUAAACUCUAAGUUCAAUUCUCACCAAAUAUUAUCCAUUUAUUUUAAAUUGUUGAAGAAUAUAUUAUGUAGAAUUGAAAUGAAUUUUAUAUUGGAUAUUCUUUAUAUCUGGUAUUUAAACUCACUAAUUUAUUUUGAUCGUCAGAUAUACGCCCGUAUUCUAAAAGCUCACUCACGCUCACACUCAAUGAGUGGAGGUUCAGUCUGGGCUUCUCUUGAGUGUCAGUGCUGUUUUUGAAUACCUGGAGGAUGAGUAGUUGCAUAGUAAGGUACGACACUAACCCUUCAGCUAUUUAAAAACAACACUGACACUCAAGAGAAGCUCAGAUUGAACCCUCCACUCAUUGAGUGUGAGUGAGCUUUUAGAAUACGGGCGAUAAUCUCAAUUUUUACCCUAGCAAUCUGCAGCAAAACUUGUGAAAACGGUGGUGAAUGUGUCGCUCCAAAUACAUGUUCUUGUCCACCAUAUUUUACGGGUCCUCAAUGUACCACCAUAUUUUACGGGUCCUCAAUGUACCACAGGUAAAUCAAGCAUGCAAUAACAUGAUUUUAUUACUAAUCUACUUUUCCGAUGCGUGAAUGGCACUUCAAUCAGUUACGGUCGGAUCAUUCCAUUGUGUUUUCGUUGUUUUGGAAAUCCCAUGCCAGUCAUGCCAAUUAGGGAAAGUACAUUUAUUACACCGGGGGAGGGGGAUGAAGAUGUCUUGAAAAAAGCUCAUAUUUUUACAGGGCCCCUGUUGAGGUUAUUGGUAAAUUUUGAUGCCCCCCCUCCCAAGUUUUUAAAAUUUUCAAUGCCCCCCCUCUAGAAUUCGGAAUCGAAGGAGUACAAUCCGGAAUUCUCUCUUAUCAUAGAUUCAAUUUGCAGUUCCUCAAGAUGUCUGAUAUACUCAAGUGCUUCUCCUUAACAAAACUACCGAUCUGCUGCUUCUUUCAUCUCACUAGCGCCAGAUGAAAUGGCACCGUCUUUAAAACAUUUUAAAUUGGCUCUAGGAGUGGAAUUAUCAACAGGUUGUUGUUGUCCAUCAUUCAGCAUAUUCGGAGACUUGAACACGUUCAUGUAGUGGCCAGGAUUUCCUGGAUCAGGGUAAUGUGCUGGAACCUUACAGUAUGUUGCCCCCACCCAACGUAUCUCCCGGCAUCUGUUGCAAAUGUCUUUGCAUGCCUGUCAAGAAUGCAUGCAAAAGUGCCAGUAUGCUUCAAUUUCUUUAAUUUCCAUCCCGUUUGUACGAAAUAUCCCAUAAACAUAGAACAUAUCAUUCUUGCAAAUUGUAUAUGCUUUUUUGCUUUUUGGCGCGUAAAUUACUUCACAAACCUGGCGCAAAAAAAUUUUAAAUAAGCUAUAGGUGAUUUCCUGUAUCCAUUUAGAAGAGCAGACUAAGGAUAUCUUAAAACUAAAAUCGGUUUCCAAUACAACCAUCAGGGACGUAGCAAAGCAUCUGACAUUUGGGGUGGGGGGGAUGUCAGAGGAUUAUACGUGUAAUAAUUAUAAUAAAGCUUUUUGUGAUUGAUUGGUACUCUUAUACUAAGUUUUGGGAGAAAAGGGGGGUCCUUGGGGUCCUCCCCCAAGAAAUUUUUACAUUUUCGAAGCUCUAGGACUGAAUUUCUGGCGUUUUCUAAAGCAAAUUUCGCAAACAAAUUGCAUGUAAAUUGACUGUAUUUUACAAAAAUGGUUAUCAUUUCACAAAAAUAAUUACUUUAUUACGCAAAUUUUACCUGAAACUGAUGUAAAAAUUUUAACUUUAAUUUGCUGGGGUCAAACCUUUGAAAAGUUUAGAGCCCUCCCUUCAGUAUAUCAAGAACUUUCAGAGCCCCCCCUUUAAUGCCAGAAAAUAUUUCGGAGCCCCCCUUAACAUCUUCAUCCCCCCCCCGGCAUAAUAAAUGUACUUUCCCUUACUUAUAUUCAUUGCAUUUGUUAAUUUGAUAUUUAACAAUAUUAUAAUUGAUUGAGGUUGAGCAUGAUGUGAACAAUUAUCAAAUUAGACCAAGCCUGACGUUUGUCGUACUGAUAACACAAACGGAGGGCUGGUAAUUCUUCACAUCUGGCAAAAACCGAUUUCAAAAUUUUUUUAUUAUUUAUUCAAAAGAUGAAAAAGACACCCGCACCUGUGGGCUGUGGGUUCAAUCCGUCGAAAUAAUGACUAGUUCUCUUUUCCAAAUAUUUUCUUUUUUUCUUUCAUAAGUACGUUUAAAUGUUUCAAAAUAUUUCGUGGAUGGUUUCUUUGAUAUUUCUUGAUUAUAUUUUAAAAGUUGUUUCCUUUAAACCUGCAGACACGGCGCCAUAUUGUUUUAGUCGUGUUCCACAUUUCGUAUUCGUAUUUCCACAGCAUGACGUCGUAACGUUUAAAAUAUGAUUUGUUUCAUAUUCAACGUUAUGACGUUACUUUGUUGAAUAUUAUGUGAAACCUCCAUAUUUGGUCGGUAUUGAGUUGAUGUGACGAUUUUAUAGUUGCCUGUUAGCCAAUCAGUAACCAUGAAUCCUUUAAAAAAAUAAUAAAAUGUGCUAUGAUGCAAAUGAUAUUCGUGCUGGAUCGCAACCACAUUCAGUGAGCCUAAAUCCGGUAACGACUAACAACGUUGUAAACAUACAUGUUAGUUCCAAAACAAGAAACAAUUAUGUCUAGAACGUCGCAAAUCUAAUUUAAGCAAUAUCUAAUCUGAGUUAUUUAAAACAUUGCAGGUACUGUAGGAAGGCAUUUUGAUUGAGCUUUAUCCGGCGGAUAUACGUUUAAUGACAGAGACGUAUAACCUCCUUCGUGAGCCUCCUCCAGAUAAAUAUUGUUUUGCAGUUUCUCAUAUUAGCUGAAGAUGAUUCUUUAACAGAAUUGAAACGAAACAAAUUUGUUUUCUAGAUUUCUGCCGCACGCCAUGUGAAAAUGGAGGAACAUGUCGUGCUGGAAGUUGCAUUUGUCCAAGUGGAUGGACUGGUCCAAUCUGUGAGCAAGGUGAGUGAGGAUUUUUAAUACAUAUCCACAUUCUACUAUUUUCCCGAUAUACGAAAACGAAAACGUGUAAGUAAAUACGUUUCCGGAUAACAUACCAUGCUAAAACUGAUAAAUCUUAAUUUUUAAACUUUACCGAUAUGUACACAAGGUUGUGGGCAAGGAAGAUGUGUUUUGCCUGAGCAAUGCAGCUGUCCUACAAGACUGGGAGGACGUAAAUGUGAACUUUGUGAGUAUAAGUUCUUUGUAAUAGUUUCUCAUAUUAGCUGAAGAUGAUUCUUUAACAGAAUAAAAAAACCGUUAACUAACUAAACCGUUAACUAUUAAUAACCGUUUACUAUUUGUGAGUAUACUUUAUUGGUCCAAGAUUUAAAUUAUGCAUGCAUCUCAAAAAUUGGUAGCCCGCGUGCAGGCCCAAGGGAACUGAUAGUGGGCCUGCAAGCAAGGCCCGGUAUUUUGUACUUUCCGCGUUCGCCCACGAACGCGGCAUUCUGAUUGGCUGUUUGCUGUUGGAUUCUAUAAUUAGGUCAGUGAUUCAUCACAAAGGCUCUCGAUCAGCUCAAAAUUCGAAAAUUGCUCACUUUUUUCGAUUAUAAAUGGAACAAGAACAGACUGUUUAUUGUUUACUUGAAGGAAGAGAUGUUUUUUCCGUUAUGCCAAUGGGGAUUGCUUGUCGUGAGGUGUUGGAAUAGCAACAUUAUGACUGGGGUAAACUAUAGUAACCUUUACUUGAGUUUAAUUAAUUUCAAACAGACUUGAUACGUUAUAUGUUCCUCAAGAAAAUUAUCUUUUGGUUGAUGUAGAGAUGCAGUUGCAUGUAAGCCUAUUCGAAAGACUUUGCGAUUUACAAGGUUUCGCUGAGAGAGCGAAACUGAAGACGGAAUUAAAUUGCCGUUUGAAACGAAACGAUCUGGACGCUCUGAACGCUCUCUUCUUUUGUAGAGUUCUUUACCAAAUGAAAUAACUGAAAUAAAUUUCGUACUUUCCGCCGCCAACAAGAAUUGCACACACGAUCUGAUAAGUGAGACAAUUUAUUUAUAACAAUGCCAAUGGCGACAGGCUGCCGACAGCGCGAAGCACACAUAAUAUAAAUGCUAAUGUGGUCGCACGACUUCCCUCACGAUUUGAAGUUUGAGACUGGUUUUCUGUUGAAAUUCGUCCUAAUUUGCCUGUUCCGAUUUUAGUUGAAAAUGAGCACUUGCAAAUUUGGCAAUUACUGACUGCGUUGCUUGCUUUUUUGGAGUUAAAACGCUGCAAUUUACACAUUGUUUAUGUUCUGAAUAAGCAGAGAAACCCCGCAACAUUUUAAUGCGAGUUUGUUUGUUAAUAUUUGGGUGCAGGGUUGCCAGGUGGUCUGAGCCCGAAAGAGCCAAAUGCAACGUAAAAAGUAGCCAAAUCCGGCCAAAAGAAGCCAAAAUCGAAAUUUAGAGUAAAUCUUCCGAAUUCAAGCGUUCAACACCGAAAAACAGUAAAGAAAAAACGAGUAUUUUAUUAUUUUCGUUUUCCCGCCGUUCGGGGCGAACCGUGUAACCCAGGGAGAGGGUACUAAUUCCGAUCGAAUAUUUACGUACAUCCGGAAUCUCGGAUAAAUGGAUAAUGUAAUCGAACAUAGCAGAGUUUAUAACUAACUUUUACUGAUGGAUGGCAGACUAUUUUUGAAAAGUUGCUUAUUUCAGUAUUUAUUCAAAAAGAAGCCAAAAAGAGCCAAAAAAUAGAAAGAAGCCAAACGAAAUUUUUAGUAGCCAAACAAAGUCAAAAGAAGCCAAAAUCGAGAAAUUUGGCUCUUUUAACGCCAAACUGGCAACCCUGUUUGGGUGCUGUCAUUGGUUCUUUUUUGACAAUUGACGCGCGAAUGGGGCGUGUUAUGAAAAGGGGCGUUUUACAAAAUACCGGGCCUUGCUUGCAGGCCCACUAUCAGUUCCCUUGGGCCUGCACGCGGGCUAAAAAUUUUGAUGUGUCUUAUCUUGCAGUUGCAGUUGCAGUUGAAGUUAGUAUAUUACGCAAUGGCGAUUAGGUGACAAAGCAAGAUACCUGUAUAAACAUUGAUCAUGCAUGGAGAUUCUGUUUAAUUAAGGCUGGUUUACAUUAUCAUACAUAGUUUCGGUUAUCGCAGUAGGAAUUUUGCACAGGUAAAUUCUAAGUUUUGAAAGAUUUGUUAGAAAUGUUUGAGGGAGCUGACUCAGCGUUUAGCAACGAGUCAGUUCCCUCAAACUGUUUAUACAAAUUCAUUAAAACUAAUUGGAAUUCAUUCAUGAAAAAUUCGUGCUGUGAUCACAAAAGUUUCGAUAGUGUAAACUACAUUUUUUGUCUUGUCCAAUCAGUUUCAUUGUAUUUAACUUUACUUCGUAAAGUUUCAUUCUUUAAAAAUAUCAAUUACCAUAUAUGAAUAAGGGGCUAAAUACAACACUAAAAGAAACAGAGAAAAUGGUCUUUAAUCAGUGGUUUAGGAUAAUUGUUUGUCUUAAAUUUACAAUGUAAUUGUAACGGAUUUUUCCUUACUUAACGGCUUCCAAAUAGCUAUGUUGGUGAAUUUGUUAGAGCAAAUAAAUCAACUAAAUGCAAAAAAGGUUUUUCUGAAGUAUAUGUUGCCUCAAUAAGUAUUCCCAAUAUUUAGAUACAUUUUUUAUUGAAAUCUUUGUAUUUUUUUAACCUUUUUUAGCAAUCAUCACUACAACAGCUACACCAACGUUUGGAGGUAUGUAUGAUUUUUUCACUAUGGUUGUGAAGAUAGCAAGUCAGGUGAGCAAAUGUCUUUUAGUGCACGAGAUAUCGCUUCUUCACCAUACGCACAUCUAGAGAGAAACCAAACGGGUUCCAUUGAAGAUUGCAAUGAAAUGAGGAUCUUGUAAAUAAUUUUCCAGAAUUUCCUUAGCUUUCUAGGGCAUAUACCCUCCUGUGCCCCACGCCCCUGUUCAACGUGAGAGGUGACUUGAUUUCUAGAUGCUUAUAAUCAUGACAAGAGAAUCAAAAAACAAGUUUGGUAUUAAUUUUCUUUCUAAUUAAAGGUGUUCUUUUUCAUUACAGUUUCUCCGGUUUAUCAUGAUCCGAGUUUGUGCUUUACGUUUGGUCAAACCCACUAUAAGACAUUCGAUGGAAAAUAUUUUUAUUAUCCUGGAAAGUGUAAAUACAGUUUGGUUGAAGAUUGUGACGGCAGCGGUAGUGCCAUCCAAGUGGCAAAUGAUCCGAAAUGCACCCACCUCACAGACUGCGCACGCUCAGUGCAUGUCUAUCUUGGAGGAACCAUCAUUAAGGUAGAUACUCAAAACAUUAUUUUAACUUAGGCCACCUUUACACGAUCCCGGGCUGAAUUUCAACCGGAUUUGUGUUUACGCGAACCUGCGUUUAAUACCAGACGUUGAGUUGAAAAGUGUCGCGUGAAGGAUAGCUCGGUAAAAGUGAUGACAUACUGUAAAUGCGAUGAGGAUGAGUUCAUGGUGCAGUAACUAUAGUAACCGAAAUCGCACACCUUUUAUUGCGGUAUAAUUUCAGUAUUGAAACGCCUUUAUUUGUCCGAUAAUCUAAUAUAAUUACCAAACCUUAAUUCCAUGCACAUAUAAAAUGUAAAUACUAUAAUCAACGCAAAAUUUCUGCUAUAACAUUGAUGGAAUUUAUUUAAUAUUAACUCAAUCUGUGUGAAAUCUGUCUACAGCAUUGUCAAUGACGGAUUAAAAUUAUAUCAUUAAUUCAUUCUUGAACUGUAAGGGGAAGCCAUUCGCAUUUUACAUUUAUUUCUUGAUAGACUAAUUUGAUUCUAACAUUUCUAGCUUGAAACUGGCAAUGUAACGAUUAACGGCAAGUCAGUAACACCACCUUAUUUCGAGAAUAGCAUGGUAAUACAGAAAGUUGGAAACUAUAUUCUACUCUAUGGAUACGAAGAUAUAACCAUUAGAUGGGACGGCCACAAUGGAGUGUAUGUACACUUGCCACCUGCGAAGAGAAAUUCCACAUGUGGUCUGUGUGGAAAUUUUAACGGUAUCCCCGAUGAUGAUCUGAAGACCCCAGAUGGAAGGAUCACGACAUCCAUAGCUAGAUUUGGCAACAGUUGGAGCAGACCUGACGUAAAUGAACAAUGUCGAAAUAUCCCAGAGAGAGAAGUCCAAUCCCCAUGCAGCAAUAAGAGUGAAGCCGAAAUGAAUAAGAUCCGAGGCAAGUGCCAAGUCUUAAAUGACCAUCCCUUCACUCUCUGCUAUGGAUCUGUGAACCCUCAAGGUUUUAUAGAAAUGUGCGUACAGGAUGUUUGCUCGUUGAAUUCUACGUCAGAUCCGGACAGUAUAUGUGAUUCAUUGACACAAUACGAGAGAGCAUGCGCAAAGGCAGGAAUAGCAGUGACGUGGAGGAAGAAAGGUCUUUGCCGUAAGUAAACAUUUGUGUACAACUACAUUUUCACAUGUCAAGGUAUCACAAUUUAAUUCUGUUCUUUGUUCAACAUUUUACAUAAAUUUGUAGUAUAAUGUUUGUUAACUACUUUCACAAAGAUUUUUAAAAAUGAAUAAUUGAACCAAUAAAUGUCGACAUAAAUAUUAAAUGUACUGUAUAGCCUACUAAAAACAUGUUUAUGACCGUCCAAACUGAAAACUCGUAUUAGACCCCUAACAGUUUAUCAUAUAGAUAUAUAAUUGUGGAUAUAUAAUUAGUCAUCACGUGUACUCUUUUAACAUUUGUAGCUGUAAAAUGUGAAAAUGGUAUGGUAUAUGAACCAUGCGGAUCAGCCUGUCCAAGCACGUGCGCAGAUCACGGUAAGUCGAAAUUCCGUUGUCAAAAUCAAUGUGUGGAUGGAUGUCAUUGUCCUAUGGGAACAGUUUUACAAAAUGGACGCUGCUACAAAUUGGAAGAAUGCCCAUGUGAACACAAUAAAAUUUGGCAUAGAGCACUCGCAAGAAUACCAGUUGACCGUAAUGAUUGGUAAGUCUGUUAAUUGUUCUCUAAUGUUUUUCGAUUUUAAACAUUGUUCUUUUAAUAAGGAUUCAAACCAACACUUGUAUUUGAUUCGAAUUUUAGUUAUUGUACUGAGGGUCGUUGGAAAUGCACGAAUAGAGUAUGUCCGGGUAAGUCGUUAUUGAUGUUGGAAUGUUCUUUGGAAGCUCAUAAGAUACGUUUUAGAACCAUCCUCAGAGAUAUGAAACACUUGUUUCUUAUCUUUAAGCUUCUACUGUAGAAGGCCGGCGCUCUACCCAUGGAGCUAUCGAGUCAAUGAAUAUUCAUUUGGUACAUGUAGCCAGUCUUAUCGGCCAAUUUAAGUUCAGGAAAUAUUUUCGUGAGCUUGUCUUUGAGGUCGCGCAGUGUUUCAAUUCUAUGUUUCAAAACCAUCCUAGAGAUAUGAAAAACAAGUCUCAUAUUAUUAGACUGCAGACUGCAGAGAACAACGAAAAAAUCAUACUAGAAACCGGAAGAUUAGGUACUGCAGGAAAAUGUGAUCCAAACCAACAGUCUUGGUUUAUUCCAUUUUUUGUCCGGCCAAUUUCUAAUCGCAAGUUAAAACGAUUUAAGGAAUGUCAAAAGCCCAGAUCAUACCUGUUUUUACGCCAAUGUUCCGGCUGUAUAGUUUGUCACAUGUUCUUGGUGAACUUAGGAGCAGAAUAAUAAAUUAUCUCGACCGGUCUGUGCCAAGCAGGGCAGGAACGAUAAAAAACAGCUGCGGAUUGAGAGAGAUAUAUGAAACUACCUGAAAAAUACAAGCAGAACGUCGACGUUUCGAGCAAAGGUCCUUGGUCUUAUCAUUCAGGGGCCGGUUGUUUAAAAAGUGAUUAAAGUUAACUAUAAUUAGUGGAAACGUCAUCCAAUAAGAAGAGCGUAUUUGAGAGUUAAUCACUAUUUAACUACAAAAUAGUGAUUAAAAAAGUGAUUAAGAGUUUUAUACAACCGGCCCCUGUUGUUUUGUUUGCGAUUCAGUAGAUUUCAUAUAUUUUCUUUGACGUUAUUUUCCUUUGACAUUUUCAGGCAGAUGUUCGGCAAUAGGCGACCCACAUUACAGAACGUUUGAUGGCAAGUACUACUCGUUCAUGGGUCAUUGUAAAUACAUUCUUGCUCAAGACUCUGUGGCUAACACAUUCUUAGUGAUUGUCGAUAACUUUCCUUGUGGCACAGACAAUUCUCAAGCGUGCACUAAGACCGUAACUGUACAUUUCAACACAACUGAUGUACAUUUAAAAAGAGGCAGCUCAGUAGCAAUCAAUGGAGAGGACCUGGCAAUGUUUCCAUAUAAGCAUCACGGUAAAGUUCACUUACUUUCCUAAUUCCUAGUAGUAACAGUAAAGUCUGCGUUCUUGUUGCUCGUUUGGCUACGCAAGUCUGUUAAUAUAAUCUAAUAACCGCCUACUCUUUAUAAACGUCGGAUAUCCUAUUGCCUCCUAGCCUGCGGGCAGGCUAAUUGCCUCCUAGUCAGACGUGAAUUUGUAAUAGGCGCCCCUCUCCACUAAACACCCGUUAUGUAAUAAACAUUUCUCCUUAUAUGCAGGUCUUUUUAACAUUUAAAUGUGAUAAAAAACUCAUUAAUAAUUCAUGAGGAAAAGACAAAGGAAAUUUCCACCGUGUCGGUGGUUCUAUAUAGGAUUAAAAAUCAUGUUAGUUUACAUGAACUUUAGCUUUGAUUUUCUCGUCUUCGACAACGUUGAUUUUUUAAAUUACUUCGCGAAUGAACACAUAAGAUGGGUCGUUUUCAAGCCAUUUAAAAAAUCGCAGUCCUUGCUUUAUAGGACACUCGGCUGUUGCCUCGUGCAUGCUCGUGUUUUAAAUAGUACUUAAACAUAAGAGUAAACCCUUAGCAAAUUAUUAGUCUCUAAGUAUGAGUGUAAUGGAGUGAACUAGCUAUGAAGUUAAAGCUUGACUUUUGUUAUGCUGGGAAGUAUUGUUUAGGAAGACUAAAACUACCGUAUGUAAGUAUAAACGCCCCUCUCUAUCAACUUUCCGGGUCCAAGUCGGGUAAUAAAAGGCACUUUUCGGGUGAAUUACUUCUAGGAAAACGCCAGUGGUCAGUCGGCUUAAAUAACAAAUGCCUUGGGUGUAUUACCAUUUUACAGGUAUCGUCGUGGACAGAUCAUCGUCCCUUAUGACACGUGUCACAUCCGACAUAGGUGUCGAAGUAACAUGGGAUGGCAUUAGCCGUGUCUAUGUCACGGUUCAAAGCUACUGGAGCGGCAAAACUAGAGGUCUUUGUGGGAACUUCAAUAAAAACCAAGACGACGACUUCACUACUAGUGAAAAAAUCAUAGAAACUGAUGUUGCAUUGUUUGGUGAAUCUUGGAAGCUUGACCCUGGUUGUAAAUCGGUUGCUAAAGAUCUAACCCAUCCAUGCACUGUUCAAGUUCAACGAGCAAGUGAAGCGGAAAGAAUGUGUAACAUAUUGAAACGAAAUCCAUUCACCAAGUGUCAUCAUGUGGUUAACCCUGAUGAAGGGUACCUCCAUAGCUGUACAUAUGAUGUGUGUGGGUGUCAGGAUGGCACUAAGUGUUUGUGUUCUGCCAUUGCUCGUAUACCAUGAUUGCGCAAGACAUGGUGUGGAAAUUGAAUGGAGAAAUCCUUCUGUUUUGCCUGAAUGCAGUAAGUGUUAAAGCGAUUAAAAUAGUAGUUAGAGGAUAUUUAAACAUUGUUUUUAAUUAUAUUUGAAGUAACUGUAACAGUGAGGUACCCCAACUAUGACAAUAACAUUUUUGUCUCGCAUUCUUGGUAAUUAACUGCAUUUUUAAUCGCCCUAAGUUAAUAUAAAGUUCCGUUGUUACACGAAGUAGCACCUAAAAUAAAAAUGUUCUUGACGGUAUGAUAAUCAAUAAAUCAGUGUUUUAAUUAUGGUAAAUUAUGUGAACGUUUUUUUGCAUCAUCAGUAGCAUACAGUAUUUCACAAGAAGGUUAUGCCCUCAGAUAUUUCAAAGUUUGAUAUCAAUAAGUAAAUGAAAUACGAAAAUGGCAUAAGUUGAUAAUUUCAGAGUUUCUUGAACAUUCUAAUUCUCUGAAUUUCGUUAUGUCGAUUGCACUUUAUUAAUACAUCUUCUGUGUCUCAAGGUAUUCAUUGCGGAAUUGCUGAUCAAAGUUAUCGCGAGUGUGGCUCAUCUUGUUACAAGAAAUGUCGAGAUCUUUCAAUGAAUACAGACUGUAGUGACGAAUGCUCUGCUGGAUGUUUCUGCCCUAAAGGUUCAAUAUUAAACGAUGACGAUAUCUGUAUCCCAAUAUUUGAAUGUUCAUGUUACUACGAGGGAAAAGAAUACAAACCAAACUCUGUUAUAACGCGAAACCGUUGUACCCAAUGGUGAGUAACGGUAUACAUUAUUUUUAAAAUAAUCGUUUUCUCAACAAACUUUGCAUAAAUGCUGCAAUAGUAAAAAAAUGAAUGGGUAGAUGGGAUUUAGUGAACAGUGGGAUUUUCUUAACGACAAUCGAUGAAACAACAAUGUAACAUUCGGUCACUGAAUGUGACCGGAUGUGAUGUCACGUGCACGUAUAUUUUGUGACAUUAGUGUGAUGUGACUUUAUUACCUUCUUGCAGUAAAUGUGUUAACGGCGUUAUGGAGUGCAAUAACAGUACAUGUUCGGGUAUGUGAUUUUAACUAACAGCACUGAUAAUUUUGAAUACCCAUAUAUGAUUUGGAUUAGCCAUUUCCCAAUGGAGCAGAGGAUUGGGUCUAGUUGAUGUUUGGAGGGACGUUCUGAUAGUGAGCGAGCUAAGUAUAUAUUAUAAAGAUGCCUUAUUAUAAUUGUUGCGUUUCAGGCUGCACAAAUAACUUUAGGAAUGUAGGAAAACGUCCUAGAUGCCAUAUUCGGCAUAUUGUUUAUUUUUUGUCCCUCUAAACAAGCGAUUAGACCCAGACCUCUGCUCGAUUGGGAAGUGGCUAAUUGUACUCAUCUAAAUGGGCACCACCAGAUAUUAGACUAAUCCCCACCAGGUACAAGUCAAACUGUUCCUCCUUAAGAUUGCUUGAGACUAAUCCUAGACCAUAUAAACCCAUCUAAGUAUAUAUUCCUUCAAGUAUUCAAUUUGGCAGGGUUUUCAAUGCCAUAAUUACGUUAGGUUUUUCAUCUAGUUUCGAUAAAACGUUAGUCAAAGCUAAUGGGAAUUUAGAAAUUUGUCUUCAAACUGCAGUACUAAUAAGAAAAUACAGGUCUUGAUGAUAUUUCAGAUAAAGUAUGUCCUAAAGGCCAAGCUUAUGUAACGUGUGGCAAGGAAUGUGCUAAAACUUGCAGUAACCUUCAUUUACCAUGCUCAAAAAAGUCGUGUGAAGAUGGCUGUGUCUGUCCAGAAGGUCAAGUGCUUCAUAAUGGAGAAUGUGUUUCUCCUGAUCAGUGCCCAUGUCAUCGUGGUGGCCGAAGUUAUAAAAACGGUGAAACAUAUCAACAAGACUGCAAUACAUGGUAUGUAGUGCGAACUUGUGCUGUUUUUAACUUAAGCAUUUGUAGAAUGGCAUUUAAAAAAUUUUAUUUGUCUAUGAUGAAAACUUUUGCAUAAUAACGUGAACAUGCAACAACAAUAAAAAACAGUAACAGUUUUAUUGACUGGUGAUAAAUACAACACUACCCAGAAGUCAACAGUCGUUGUCUUUCCUCGAGGCCCAGCCGCGGUGUAGCCUGACAAAGUCCGCGGGCUGCCUGGAGGCCGGCCAAAUAAUCAAAAUUCCCAGAGUAAGACGAAAAUAAUACGACUUUGUCUGCACGACGAACUCAUGUAUGAGAUAUACGGCAGGUAUACGUACAGCAUUGUCAUACCCAAACGUUGUUAAAAUUUGUUUGUAUUGGAGUUCUUCAAAUUUCAUGGCAAAUAUAUUGGCAUGCAAAUUUUCACUGUCGAAGACCACAACUGUUCUGUGUAUGGGUAUGGUUAAUCAUGUUGUUCAUUGCUGGAACUGCACUUUAAUUUUUUUAUUACAUUUUUUCCAUUUCGUAGCACUUGUACUGGCAAAAAUUGGCGUUGUACACAAAAUCAGUGUCCAAAAAGUUGUUCUGUCUACGGUGAUUCACAUUAUACGACGUUUGACAACAAACGGUAUCAAUUCCAUGGAGCUUGCGACUAUACAUUGAUUCAAGAUGGAUGUGGUAGUCAAUCAGACUCGUUCCGUGUCCAGGCUGAGAAUAUACCUUGUGGUAGCACUGGAGUAACGUGUACCAAGUCCAUAACUAUUACUAUAAACGAUACACAGAUAAAUAUGGUCAGAGGAAGUGAACCAACGGUUAGCUCUGUUCCUGGUUCAUCACAGUCUGUACAACAAGCAGAUUUCACAUUGCAGAAAAGUGGACUGUUUCAACUUCUUCGUACAAAGAUAGGAAUAACAAUUGUAUGGGACAUUGGAACAAGAGUAUAUAUCACAUUAGAUACGAGUUAUCGAGGUUUGUGCUAACAUUUGAAUUAAUCUUGAUUACCAAAAGUAGCAAAACAGUCUAAACAUCACUGAGUUUACUAUAUGACAUGUAUAGGCUUCCCUUACUUUGUUCCACUGUGCCUUACAUCGAUCCUUAAUUAGUAACUAGCCAAACAUCGGCCAGCACAAAACUUGUGCUCAUUUACGGUAGGUUCUGUCAAGGAACUACAUUGUAGUGACUGUAUAGUAACUUAAUAAUUAACUUGAACGGUCUGUGACAAGCUUGUAACAAGCUUUCGUUGGUAAGGAUGCAACUACCUAAAAAAUACAUAGAGGAUAAUACACGGCGGCCCGAAGAUAUGACUUUUAUCUUCGAGUUGUGAAAACAAUAUUUUACGAACGAGCGCAUGCAGCGAGUAAGUAAAAUAUUGUUUUUAACACGAGAAGAUAAAAGACAUAUCUUCAAGCCACCGUGUAAUGUUCUGUUUAUUAUACAGCCCCAAGAAAAAAUUGUGAAAUUACACGCUCAAAAGCAAAUUGGAAAAGUCACGUGAUCGAUAUCCUUCACUAGUGCAGAUAUGGAAAAUUUCUCACUGUGUAUUUUUCAGUAUCUCACUCUGUACUAUAUAAUAGAAAACAAAAUUUGGCCUUUCGAGCUUUGUAUUUUUUCAGGUAUACUGUAGUUGCAUUCCUAUACCAACAAAAGCUUGUUGCUGUACAGUAACCAUUAAAGUGGACUAGAUUUGGAGUUCUGAAAACAAUGACCACCAUGCACAUUGUAGCAUUCUUAGUCCUCUUGUUUUAAGAUGGAAACGUCAUAACCUACUCGCAGUUAGAAUUUGUUUCGAACUUCUCUUAGAGUAAUUUCUAUUUGCAAGAACUCCGAAAACGUCAUGAACAUUUUAGGAAAGAUUUGUGGCCUUUGCGGGAAUUAUAAUGAUGACCAGAACGAUGAUUUUACCAGUCCUUCCGGAUCAAUUGAAGUCUCACCCAGUGAUUUUGGUGACACUUGGAGGGUCAAACCAUUCUGUGCUGACGCUAAAACACCAAAACAUCCAUGUAAAAUACACAGAGAACGAGCAGGGUGGUCGAAGAAAACAUGUGGAAUCAUUAAGCAAGAUGUUUUCAAACCCUGCCAUGAUGUGGUAAGAGAUAUUUUAACACUGUCAGUGCAAAUUAGAAUCUCAGUUAUAAUGGAAUAUUUUCGCCAGAGCAUCCAAUAGCUAUGUUUUCAUUUAAACAUUGUGCAAUAUCACGACUGGCAAUUAAACCAACACACUACUAUUGGUUGGUUGGGCGAAAAAACAAUGCACAUGCACGUGACUAUGAACAAACCAUUACUUGCAUAAACCAAAACCAAAACACAGAUAAUGAGGUCUAUAUUUCUAAUUUUCUUAUUCUACCGACUAUGAUGAAUAUUACAAUCAUAAUACGGAUAUUCUCUGAGAUUGCUAUUCUUUUUCCAAUAGGUUAAUCCUGAACGGUAUUUCCAAGCAUGCUAUUAUGAUGCUUGCGGCUGUACACAGGUGGUGAUUGUGAAUGUAUGUGUACAGCCAUUGCUGCUUUGCCAGAGAAUGUAAUCGACAUGGUGUACAUAUCAAAUGGAGAUCACAAGAACUUUGUGGUAAGUUUAAUUUUUUCAAUAUUAACACAUUGAUGGUAUAAUUAUGCAAAGAGUUGUUUCUCGAAACAACUCAUGAGAUUUUCCAUUAAUGAGGCAAUUAUAUCAGUUCGUGCAUAGUAAACGUUAGUGCGUUUCGUGUUUUAUUGCAUCAUAAUGGAUUUUUAAACCAUUACUGCAAAAACUCUACCCUUGACGAGUAAAUCGUCUUGUAUUAGACAGAAUAACAUAAUAAAAUCAGGUACAUUGGGUGCAUUGCAGCAUAAGACGCAUAAUGCAUUGGUCAAUAGUAAUCAAACAAAAUGCCCAGAAUGUCAUUUUCAUUUAAAGUAUUGUGAAAGUAGCUCCCAACUGAGCAGGAUAAUGAUUAUGUUUUUAAUGACGUGAAAAAUGAAAGAUAUAAUUAUGGUGCUUCAGCAUAACCAAAUGUUUUAAUAAAUAUGUCUAAAUAUAUCACUAUAGUUAGAUUGGUAAACAUAUAAGAGGUCGAUGGAAUGCAUGUCUUUGGGAGUUUUGGGAAACACAACUUUCAUAUUUUAUCGGUAAACCGAAAAGUCAAAGAUGAUCGGCAUGGCAUUGUAUUGACCAUCUUCAUCUCUUUUCUUCUUCCUCUCCUUGAAAAUGACUGUCCCAGCCACCUAUCUUAUAGGCACCUUCCUCUCUAAAAUUCAUAGCAUCAUCCAGGUUUGUUUCUUCUUCAACUCAUCCUUUGUCUCCCAACUGUUCUCAUUGUUUCCUGUUGGGUAUCUCCACACUAACGUGACUGUAUCGUCUUUCUUUUCAAUAAGCAGACAAUUUCAUAAUAAUGACGAGUACUUAUUCGUCGGUUUGUAUAGUGAUCCAUAUUAUUAUAUUUCCAAUGAUGACUAUCUUUGCUUGGAGAUCAAAAUAUACGCCAAGCCAAUAUGCGUAGGUUGUCUUCAAAAACUAAAUGAAGUAAUAGCUUGAAAUCUAAGCGGACAAUGUAAUCUAUUGUAAAUAAGUAGUUUUCAUGGUUAACUACCAAAUUUGGUAAGUUUCUAUAUGAUUAUGUUUUCUAUUACUAAUGCAAGGCAAUGUUUUGAUUAAACAGCUGUGCAGUGUGAAGGAGGAAAGAUCUACAAGCCAUGUGGUCCAGCAUGUGCAAACACGUGCUCAAGUUCUUGUGAUCAAAAUUCAGUUUGUCCUGUGGAUUGUGUCGAAGGUUGCCACUGUCCUGAAGGCACAGUGGAGCACAAUGGAAAAUGCAUACAGCAGGAAAACUGCCCGUGCAUCGUUGGUGGGAAAGCGUAUAAUGCCACUGCAUUUGUUAUUAAGAAUUGUCAGAGAUGGUAAUUAAUAUUUGUUUAUUUCAUGCAGUAAUAUGGCAUAUUCAUGAAAACAGUGCCGUAUAUUUAUACGCAUUUCUUCAAUUAAUACAUAUUGAGAAAUACAUGUCAAAGAAUGACUACACUGAGUAACAUAAUUGAGUAUGUUGCUUCCUGGUAUUCUGGUAUUCUAAUAAAAAACGGUUAACAUAACUAUUAAGAGAUAUAAAAUUCCUUUUUCAAAUGCUUUGUGAAAAAGAUGAUUUAAUCAUUCUCAUUCCAGCGUCUGUAGAAAUGGUUGCCUUAGCUGCACUGGUCCAACAUGUACCACAGCAGGUAAGAUAUUUUGUCAAUAUGAGUCACUAUACAUCAAAGUCUAAACUGCACUGUUAACUAGUAUUUAAUAAAUAUUGCUGAAACCUAUCAUUUGUUUAUAUAAAACUAUAGAUUUCGAGCAGAUGCGUGUAACUAAUGUCACUGCCACCUGAUCAGUCGAUCAAUCUGUUUAAUGUUUCACUUUUAUACAACUAUUUGUUUAAUAGUUCCUUCCACAACUCCAGUUCUACAACAAGCAGUACAACGGGCUCAACCACUCUAACUAGUAUAGCACCAAGUACAACCGGCUCAACAAUUCCACCUAGUACAACACCAAGUACAACUGGCCCAACAACUCCAGCUAGUACAACACCAAGUACCACUGGCUCAACCACUUCUUAUACUGCUUCAAGCACCAAACCGCCUGUGAAACCAGAGAGCACCACUGCUUCAACUCCAACUGUAAGUACCACUGGAUCAACCACUCCUUAUUCAGCUUCAAGCACCAAACCGCCUGUGAAACCAGAAAGUACCACUGCUUCAACUCCAACUGUAAGUACCACUGAAUCAACCACUCCUUAUUCAGCUUCAAGCACCAAACCGCCUGUGAAACCAGAAAGUACCACUGCUUCAACUCCAACUGUAAGUACCACUGGAUCAACGACUCCUUAUUCAGCUUCAAGCACCAAACCACCUGUGAAACCAGAGGGUACCACUGCUUCAACUCCAACUGUAAGUACCACAGAAUCAACCACUCUUUAUUCAGCUUCAAGCACCAAACCGCCUGUGAAACCAGAAAGUACCACUGCUUCAACUCCAACUAUAAGUACCACUGGAUCAACGACUCCUUAUUCAGCUUCAAGCACCAAACCACCUGUGAGACCAGAGAUUACCACUGCUUCAACUCCAACUGUAAGUACCACUGGAUCAACGACUCCUUAUUCAGCUUCAAGCACCAAACCACCUGUGAAACCAGAGAGUACCACUGCUUCAACUCCAACUGUAAGUACCACUGGAUCAACGACUCCUUAUUCAGCUUCAAGCACCAAACCACCUGUGAAACCAGAGAGUACCACUGCUUCAACUUCAACUGUAAGUACCACUGGAUCAACCACUCCUUAUUCAGUUUCAAGCACCAAACCACCUGUGAAACCAGAGAGUACCACUGCUUCAACUCCAACUGUAAGUACCACUGGAUCAACCACUCCUUAUUCAGCUUCACCUUCAAGCACCAAACCGCCUGUGAAACCAGAGAGCACCACUGCUUCAACCUCAACUGUAAGUACCACUGGAUCAACCACUCCUUAUUCGGUUUCAAGCACCAAACCACCUGUGAAACCAGAAAGUACCACUGCUUCAACCACCACUCCAACUGUAAGUACCACUGGCUCAAAACCUACGCCAGUAACACCAACAACAUGUCCGAAGAAAUGCGGACCAAACUUCCUCUGUCUUAUUGUAAACUUGAGUUACGCCGAAGCUUGGUUUCCAUUAAAUCGUAAUUAUCGCAAAAACCGCAUCGCAAGCGUCGCAACGAUUUUAAAAGCGCGAAAUUUUUAAUAAAAACUGCGAUUUAUUGGAAACUUGAGUCACGCCAAUAACUAAGACUCUUACGACAACGUCGCAAAGAUUACUGCGAUUUUUGCGAUACGGAAUUUCCGUUGUUUUCAAACCACUGCCUUGCAAGCUAAUCUUUAAUUUACUUACCUUAUUUUCAGGCAUUUUUUACCUAUAGUGCCGUGGCUGCUAAAUUACUCUAACAGUAUGCAUAUUGAUGAACGUUUCGCAGCUAUCAUGCAAUUCCCAUCCGCGACUCUACACAAACAUAUUUUUUGCUUAGCGUUAUGCAGGGCCGCGCAGAGGGGGGGGGGCAAAGGGGGCAAAUUGCCCCGCGCCCCGAGUUGCUGGGGGCCCCUGAAAAAUUUUUGUUGUGCCCCAGCCUUUUUUGUGUGUUAAAUAUUUCCGCGCAAAGGACAAAAUACCGAAUUUUGGCAUAGAAAACUGAGAUAAAGUCCCUCGAAAGCAAUAGCAACGUACUCGUCCGGAAAAAUUUUGUAAUCCGGAAAAAAAUUUUUACCCCUAAAAUGGUACACUGACCGAAAAAGUUUUGGCGACGGGGGGGGGGGAGGAGGUUGUUGUCCGGAAAAAAAAUGUUCCGGGAAAAUUUUUUUAGAUAGGGCCCCUAAAAAAAAAUUUGCCCCGGGCCCCCGCCAACCUCUGGGCGGCCCUGGAGUUAUGACACCUAAAUGACUCUAACAGAGCACGAUGUCGGUCUCAUAACUAUUAUAUGCAAUUUUUGUCAGGUUUGUGAUGGUAGUGACGACUGUGGUGGGACAGAUGAAAUAAAUUGUACUAAAACUACUGCAAGACCACCAAACAUUACAACAACAGCAAUAACGCCAUCAUCAUCUCCGACUCCAACGACUCCUUGUCCUAGUGACAUGGUAAGAAACAAUACAUCAUAUUAUUAUUAUUAUUAUUAUUAACUCCUAUUAUAAGAACGGUAACCCUUCAACACUCCUAGGUAGUUGAUUUCCAAGGGGCCGUUUAAAAUAUUUACAAAAUACUAAAAAGUUAAAAAUAACAUUAUUUACAUCACAAAAACAUAAUUAGGAUUUAACAUGCAAGAAAUGUUGUCAAAAAGAAAGAUAUUUACAGAAUAAUACAAAGUAACUUAAUUAAAAUGCAGGAAAUAUCAAAUAUAGAAAAAUAUUUACAGAAGAGAAUCACGUAUUAUUUGCGGUCGAGAGCAGCCUUAAAUUGUCCAAUUGUCAUAUUUGUUGCUUUUGUAUUAUUUGACGUUUUAAUAUUUUGACUCUAAUAUUUGACUGUCAGUUUUAUACUGUUUUAAUAUUGUCUACUACGUAAAUAAAUUCUGAAACAUAACCUUUUUGUCGAUUAGUAAAAGUUGUGAUAAUUAAUAAAAUGAACGGGUGUACUGUAUCUGAUAAUUAAAGAGAAAAUAAAUGAUUAACAAUUAUCAAUGAGCUUUAAAGUUUGUGAGUUCACCGCAACCAGGUAUAAUAUGAGUCAUGUUUUCGCUCGCGCUACUCUAAAUGAAUGAAACGCCCAGUCGAAUUGCAUUACCGACCCGACGUUUCUACAUCAGGGAUGAUUUAUAUACCAAUUAUUAAUGAGGUCCAACAUACAUAUAAAAUAUUGGAGUCCUAUACUCUGUAGAAUUUGAUAGGUAACUCCCAAGAUACAUUUAAAGCUUCCUUCUAACAUUCAUUUUGCUUAAUAUUCUUUCUACUGUUUUAUUAUUAUUUAUUGUAGGUUUUUACAGAUUGCCGUCCCAAAUGUAUUUCCUCGUGUCAAUAUAUGGGUGCUUGCCAGUCUAACGAUUACCAACCUCCGAGUAACAAAGACCUCUGCAAACCAGGAUGCGUUUGUCCAAGUAAUACAGUCCAUAAUGGAAGUCAUUGCGUUCGGCCAGUGGAAUGUCCUUGCAAACAUAACGGUUCCUACAUUGAGCCACUCAAAUCCUGGACAAGUGGAUGUGAUAUAUGUUCUGCUGGAAUAACAGUGUCACUUGUGAGCCUAAACCUUGUCCAACUAUCGGAAAUUGUUUCCCACCAUUAUUCAAAAUUGUGAUGAAAAAUUGUUGCCCCAAGUGCAUCGAGUAUGUACAACCCCCUCCUGUCACACCAUUCUGUCCGAGUAAUGAGUAUAAAUGCUCGAGCGGGAAAUGUAUUUUGAAGAGCUGGUUUUGCGACAAAGAACAGGAUUGUCCUAGUGGCGAGGAUGAAGUUAACUGUACAAAUAUUACUCCUUCUUGUCAGGAUUCCCUUGGAGUUGGUAAGUCCUAGCCUAUAUAAAGUAUAAGUGUUAAUUGUUUCGUUUUUUAUGAAAGAAACUGCCUCAUUCGGUAAACAUUAUUUGCAAUUAAUUGAAAACCUUAUAAAAAAAUCAAGUUGGCUUUCUUUCAGUUUUUUUUUAAUACAUUAGUUUUGAUUCGUUUCUUAUGUCGGCUAAACAUGUUUUGUGCAGUUUUGUUUUUGGUUUGUUUGCUGUAAAUUUUCAACAUGUAUACUUUCAGUGCGAUACUCCGAGUGACCAGCACCUACUAGGCUGGUAAGCUCAAAAUUGCUUGACUGCUGUGAGUAUAUCGUCCCCGGGACCUUUGUUUUACGAAUCCAACAAUCAUUAGUCUUGCCUUGGUUUUGUUUUCUUGUGCUUUUGUUUUUUCUUGAUUCUACUUUACUUUCCCUCAGCGAGCUGUUUUUCUUUGUUGUAUAUUCGAGUUCAACUUAUGUAUUUCUCAUAUUGAUUCAUUCGUUUAUUGUUAGAACGAAAUGGUGCCAUUCCUGAUGAGAACUUCGCAUCAUCAUCAAUAUUCAUGAAUAACAGGUUUUGGAGUGCCAGCGAGGGUCGCCUCAACAAUACUCAUAUUCUCAACAAAGGUUCAGGUGUAUGGUGUGCUUCCAGUGAUGAUAAGACACCUUGGUUAAGCGUGAAAUUGCUAGAAACUGCGCAAGUGACACGGAUUGCUAUUCAAGGAUCACCGAAAAUCUAUGCAAAACUGGUGAAAAAGUACAAGAUAAGCUACAGUAUGGACGGUAAAAAUUGGAUUUUUUAUCAAGAAAACGGUGAAGAGCAUGUAAGUAACCAAUGACUAAAUACUCUCCCACACACAACGCUAUAUACAUCGAUAGCACUAGUAAGCAAACGGAAACUGGGGGUUUAACUCUUGGUUUGACCGUUGAGCUUCCUAACUGAUCAUGAUUGGUACAUUGGUCUAUUAGACCCAUUUUUAUGGCCGUUCAAAGCAAGGGGUCAUCAUGUCUGCCAGUGGCGUAGUAAACUCGAUAAUUGGGGGGGGGGGGAAUAUUCAUAUAUUCGUGUUCACAGACCUUAAAAACAAUUGAUUUCAAUUAGCCCCCCCCCGCCAAUUAUCGAGUUUGGUACGCCACUGAUGUCCACCGAUAUGCAACGUAACUAUCACAAGAAUUUAAUGAUCGAUUGGGAGAACCAGCAGACAUUUAACCUAGUAUCAAAAUUUAUCACUUAGGUUAGUGAAUAUUCGAUGCCCGACAUGUCUAUUGUAUUUGGGACAUCCUGUAGUAUAUUAUUUCUGACCAUUAUUCCUUGUAGAUAUAUAAUUGGUCUUACUUUUGCUAAAACAUUGUAUUUCCUAUCAUGAUCUUCAGGCCCACAGAGCUUCAUUAGCUAUUAUUCUCACUGUUAAAGAUCCCGGCACAGCUUUCCCAAAUCAUGUGAUGAUUUCACCGAAGCAAGUCAAUUCUGUUUAUUGCUUGAGUUCAUACGUACUGCAUUUCACUGUCCUCAUUAUGGGAAUGAAUUAUACGUUUAGAUUUUCAAUGGAAGUGUUUAUGCCAGCGUAACGACAUAUAAUAAAAUACGUCAUCCAUUUGUGGCUCUUUACGUUAAAAUUUUGCCAGUUGAAUGGGGAUCAAAUCCUUGUUUACGACUUGGCUUAUUUGGAUGUGCAUUCGAAGUGACAACAACGCCAGCACCAACAACCAUACCUACAACUCCAGAGAAGUGUAAAGAGUUUGAAUGUGAUAAUGGUAAGAAAACAUUUUAAACCAAUCCAGUGGCGAAUUACCCAGUGGGCUGAGUAGACUGAAUCCUACAGGCGCAAGCCUUCACGAGGCCCGUGAUUUUCAGAUAAUGCACUUUUUAUUAAAAUUACUAUAUUUUUGUCCUUAGUUAAGCAAUGAGAUAUUGGUAUGCUUAGUAGCCAAAUCCAAAAGCUAUAAGUUCCUUGGGUGUUGACCUUUACCGUAGCGUCUACACGCAAUUUAACUGUGCAAUGUUCAACACUCAUGAAGUACAGCAUAAUAAUUCGUGGAUAUUUUCGCAGACAUUCUCAAUCAAAAUAAAGGAACGGGAGGAGCGCAAACGUCGACAAGAUUGGCGUAGUAGUGGUGCCAUCAAAUCAUGAUUCAAAAAUCAGAAUCAUUCCACAAAUUGCAUUUUCAUAGUUUCACGGUCUUCUCCCAAGUACUCAUUGUUCGACUUAUUUUAAUUUUUCUGGAAAAGACCUUUUAUCUUUUUAUAGGAAAGUGUAUCAACAGAAAAUACGUCUGUGAUAAGUAUGAUGACUGUGGUGACAAUUCUGAUGAAGGAAACGACUGUCCUAUAUGUCGUCCUACUCAGUUCCAAUGUAAAAAUGGCAAAUGUACUAGCAAACAGAAUGUGUGUGAUGGAGUCAAUGACUGCGGGGAUAAUUCCGAUGAAUACCAGAACUGUACAUGUUAUGAGUUUACUUGUAGUAAUAAGACGUGUAUAACCUUCAGGUUAGUCUUCUUUAAAUGCAUAUAUGACAUGAAAGUGUUUAUUUUUUAUCUUGUUUCUAUGUUUCCUUGUUGGGACAUUUCAUUUCGUCUAAUAAUGCAAUGCAACCAACGUGGUGUCAUAUUGAUGUCAUUUACAUCUGAUGAGAUAUCAGUGAAGAUUCAUACCUCGUUUCAUCAAUCAAAAUUAUUUAAAGUGCGAUACUAAUGAGAUAGCUCAGUUUUUCAAACUGACUUAGCUUGUUUAUUUCUUGAGAUAUUUAACAAUGUUUGAUACACAAAUUGCCCUAUGACGUCAAAUGCAUAAUCGUUUUAUGAAAAACGUUUACAACCCUUAUCGAUAAUUGAUUCAAAUUUGUUGACGUACAACAUAUCUUUGUAGAUCGACCAGCAGUUCAUAACACAAAAUGUACGGUUUUAUAAUUUCGACCCAAGAUAUCCCGAGAUCUGGAAAUAUUUUCAGAAAUUGUAUAUAAAAAAUUGUUAGUCGAAAACUAUUAAGCAAGUUGAAAGAGUUUAACAAAGUAUCUUAUGUGGUCAUUUUGUUUUUUUACAAUGCAAUCAUAAAAAAUGGCGUGAAAUUUCGUUGCAUAGCACUUGAAAGUCUGAUAUCUUUGUGAGUAUUUAAUAAAAUUCAAUGAAACUUGGUACAUUAGUGGGUGCACCCAUAUAAACAUUUUUGCUAGGUCAUGUAGUUGUCAUGGUAAUAUUUACUAAUCUAUGUAGUAAUCCUCAAUCUCUUUCCUUACUUUUCACAAAUUUCUUCAAAUUUCAACUUACGUUUCUAAGCACUUUAAUGCAAACUAAGAAGUAAAACAUUCACUGAAAAUAUUCAUAUUAAAUUAUGAUACUACUUUAUUAAAAUCUUUUGUGAAAUUAAUUAGCGAUAUUAAUAAUUAUUUUAUUACAACGACGUUUUGAUGCUUCUUGCAUCAUUUUCAGUUAAAGAUAAGAAUUAUUCGUGUUUAUGUGUUUAGCUUUAAUUAUAAAGGUUCACGUGUUCGUGUCACGUAAACAAAUCAUUUGCGCAAGCAGGCAAAAUAUUUUACUAAAUGCACAAGACAAAAAAAUACAAAAAUAUUAAAAACAUUUAGCUAUUUACACAUAAGACAAGCACAACAAACAAGAUUAACAAAUUAAUAUUAAGCAAAUAGCUUAGAACGUAUCGAGUCAGACUGAGUGUUCAAAGAUGGCUUCAGUUCCCUACAGAGGCGUAGCCAGGGCUACCCCCCUGGCAAAAGUCCCCCCCCCUGAUAAAAUGUAUUGUAUAAAAAGGGAAUGCUUGAUUAUAUAGCUUCAUGCUGUCAAUGAUGCAAACAUUCUGUAGAAUAUAUGCUUUGCUGCGCAUCGGUGUGAAACCUAAAAUCUUGUUCGCUUAUUUGCAGCACACAACUUGAAACACAUACCUUUUCUAACCCUAAAUAUUAAUAUGUAUUAAAUGAGGGUUAGAUGAAGUUUAAACUAAUCUGGCUUUUUUACCAGUGAAUUUUUAACGCGGGCUCGGUGAAAAAUCACAUGUGUCGAUAAUUAAUUUUACCCAGCACUGCACAGAAUGCCUUGCGCGAACUUUGCGUCUCGAGCCACUGGCGGCUUGGCCCCACCUGGGUUUUUGCUGCCCUCCCCCCUGACCAAAAAUUCUGGCUACGCCUCUGGUUCCCUAAUGUAAAGCAUCUCGUAGAGUAGGCACUCAUACUUCCCUCGACACUUGAGCAGAAUUGAAAAGCAGUUUUCAGAAUUGAAAAGCAGUUUUUUAAUGCGCCCGUGGGUGGCUGCAAAAUAUUUUAGCUCCUCAGUUUUUAAAGAUUCCGUCGUUUAUUUACUAUUUGUCGGUUGGAUUUAACUGAUACUUAACUGAUACGAGAAGAAUUUGUCUUAAUGCCUCACAACAUGCUGGUUUAUUCGAGAAAUAUACUUAUUUCGAUCUCAAAUCUUGGCAAGUUGACGUAUAAUCGUUUAACGGGACAUGGAUCAGUGAAUCGGCAGCUAUCAAGCGAAGUCUUGAAAAAACUUAAGUUCUACGGUAUAUUGAACCUUGUAAGAGGUCAACGAGGAGGUAAUCAUUAGUAUAGAACCGGUUGCACGACGUAAAGGACAUGUUUUAUCAAAGCAAUACGGUGUAAACCGAACGAACUUAUUACAUAUUCAAGUUUCGGCUACAAGAACAAUUAACGGCACUGAAGCUGAACAAAACCAUAAUAGCUAUUAUUCCAAAAUGGAAAAAAAAAUGUUUCCCCGGUUUAGUUUGAUGAAUGUUCGCUCAUUAUUACCGAAGAUCGAUGAACUCUCCGCGCGCAUAUCUUUCCAACCUACAAAUGUUAUAGCUAUUACAGAGUCUUGGUUAAGUGAGGACAUUGAUGAUAAUUUACUCUCUAUCGAAGGUUUUAACAUCUACCGAAAGGACAGAGCCUUUGGUCGAGGUGGCGGUGUUUGCGUUUAUAUAUCAUCCGAUAUCCCCAGUAAAAGAAGGCUAGAUCUUGAAAAUGCAGCGUUUGAAUGCUUGUGGAUCUGGCUUCGCCCAACUCGCCUUCCUCGCCCUUUGUCAGGCAUAAUUUUGGGAGUUGUUUACAGUCCCCCGGGUAUUUCCGCGCAGGAAGGGUCAGACUUAAUAGAACAUAUCAUUGACAGUUUAGACCAGAUUUGUUCAGCAUUUCCGGACUGUGGCAUUGUAAUCACUGGAGACUUCAACAUGUUAAACAUUGCUGACCUCCUUUCCAGUCACAACCUAAAACAAGUAGUUCGGGAACCAACGCGUGGCAAUAACAUCUUGGACUUAAUAAUAACCAAUAUGUCCCACUUCUACAGCACUCCUACGGUAACUGCACCUUUGGGCAGAUCUGAUCAUCAUGUUAUCAAUUGGAGUAGAAAUACCGACAGUGCUGCUUGUUUGAUAAAGAAAGGAAUAACAAAACGUAAGGUGCGUCGCUUUACCCAGUCAUCGUGUGCGGCGUUUGGAAGAUGGUGCAGUGACCACGUAUGGUUUUCUGAUGUUCAGCAUCCCGAUUCUGCCACCGCUUUGGCUUCUUCUUUAACAUCUGAACUUAGCUCCGCCAUUGACCUCUUUUUCCCUACCAAAACCAUUAAGAUUCAUGCAACUGACAAACCAUGGAUGACGCCAAUGUUGAAACAGUUGAUUAUCCAAAGACAGCGUGCAUUCCACAGCGGCGACCGUGCAGUUUGGUUACAUCAUAGGGAUAAGGUACAAAGAGAAAUUUCAUCACAAAAGCAUACGUAUUACGCCAGGAAGAUUCAAAAUCUAAAAAAUAGCAACCCAAGGCAAUGGUGGAACUACAUUAAACAGAUCACCGGUAAGGAAAAGUCAACGCCUAAUUUUGACAUUACCAGCGAUGGGGUACCAAUGUCCGAUCUUGAGUUGUGUGGUAAACUAAAUGAGCACUUUUUAUCAGCCAGCGCUGACCUUCCUCCUCUCGACCUUGGUACUUUGCCUGCGUACCUUCCAGCUCCCGAACCCCCACCAUCUAUCUCAAUCGCACAGGUCUGUUUUAAACUGCUCAAAAUAAAGGCAUUUAAAUCCAACGGCCCUGAUUGUAUUCCUAAUCGAGUGCUUAGUCAAUAUGCUCAAGAGUUAGCUGAUCCGGUGGCCAAAAUCUUCAACAAGUCUUUAUUGCACUCUGAAUUCCCUAUACCUUGGAAAGAUGCUAACAUCGUCCCAAUCCCGAAAGCCCAACCGAUAACGUGUGAGGAUGAAACCCGUCCAAUUGCCCUCACUGCCACUCUGUCAAAAGUUUUGGAAGACUUCGUUGUUACCUGGAUGAUUGAUGAUGUCAAAGACAAAAUCGAUCCGAAGCAAUUUGGUAGCUUAAGGGGAUCUUCUACAACAUUCUCCCUUAUUGAUAUGAUUAACAACUGGUUGCAGGCACUGGAUAGCCCAAAACGGUAUCUACGUAUUUGUUUUUUGGAUUUCUCCAAAGCUUUUGACAGAAUCAACCAAUAACAUUUUGAUUGCGAAACUCAUAGCCCUUGGAGUAAGAAGAUGUUUGAUCCCAUGGAUAUGUGAUUUUCUUUCAAAUCGUCGUCAGGCAGUGAAAAUUAA